CUGCGGGCUGCGGACGCAGACUUCGGCCGGACGCGACCGCGGCCACACCUGCGCUCCUCCCCGAGCGCCUCGGUUCUUCGGCCGGCCUCCGCUGGUUUCGGGGUGCAGAGCCGGACUGCCUCGCGAUUCGCUUUGCCCCUAUGUGUACCAGAAUCAAUGCUGCAUAGUUUGAACCUGAUAGGAUUGACUUUACAAAUGAAACAUUUUUGUCACAUCUGCCAAGAAGUAUGAUUUGAAUGAAACUUUAACUUAUACAAGUUUUCAGAUAUUGUUAACGCAUUUCUCAGCUGUCUGCAGUUAUUCAUUACCUGAGGGGGUGCAUGGCCCUGAAGGGGAAUGAUAAGACCUGUGGAUCUUAGAUCCUCUGAGAACCCACUACUGUAUAAUCAUACCUAUGAAAUCACUUGUGCUGGCAGCCCCAAAGGGAGUGUAAGCCAGAGACUUUGAUAUCAUGCAGCCGAAGAGCAAAUUAUUUCUCCAGGCCUUGAAAUAUAGUGUUCCUCACCUUGGGAAAUGCAUGCAGAAACAGCAUUUGAAUCACUGUAACUUCGCUGAUCGUUAUUACAGUAGAAUAAAGUUGAAAAAAUAUCACGUAAACAAGUGCCUGCAAAAUAAACCCAAGAUAUCAGAGUUAGCAAGAAACAUCCCAAGUCGGAACUUCUCAUGUAAGGAUUUUCUGCCUAAUAAACAAGAAAACGAAAAAUCCCUUCCAGAAAACAUGGAUGCAUUUGAAAAAGUGAGAACAAAAUUAGAAACACAGCCACAAGAAGAAUACGAAAUCAUCAAUGCAGAGGUUAAACAUGGUGGUUUUGUUUACUAUCAAGAAGGUUGCUGCUUGGUUCGUUCAAAAGAUGAAGAAGCAGACAGUGACAAUUACGAAGUUUUGUUCAAUUUGGAGGAACUUAAAUUAGACCAGCCCUUCAUUGACUGUAUCAGAGUUGCUCCUGAUGAAAAAUAUGUGGCUGCCAAGAUAAGAACUGAAGAUUCUGAAGCGUCUACCUGCAUAAUUGUGAAGCUCACUGAUCAGCCUGUAAUGGAAGCUUCUUUCCCCAAUGUGUCCAGUUUCGAGUGGGUGAGGGACGAGGAGGACGAGGACGUCCUGUUCUACACCUUCCAGAGGAACCUCCGCUGUCACGACGUGUAUCGAGCCACCUUCGGUGACAACAGACGUAACGAGCGCUUCUACACAGAAAAAGACCCAAGCUGUUUUGUUUUCCUUUAUCUUACAAAAGACACUCGUUUCCUCACCAUAAAUAUCAUGAACAAGACCACUUCUGAAGUGUGGUUGAUAGAUGGCCUAAGUCCUUGGGACCCGCCAGUGCUUAUCCAGAAGCGAAUACAUGGGGUCCUUUACUACGUUGAACACAGAGAUGAUGAAUUAUACAUUCUCACUAAUGUUGGCGAGCCUACAGAAUUCAAGCUAAUGAGAACAGCGGCUGAUACACCUGCUAUCAUGAAUUGGGACUUAUUUUUCACAAUGAAGAGAAAUACCAAAGUCGUAGACUUGGACAUGUUUAAGGAUCACUGUGUCCUAUUCCUGAAGCACAGCAAUCUACUUUAUGUCAAUGUGAUUGGCCUGGCCGAUGAUUCAGUUCGGUCUCUAAAGCUCCCUCCUUGGGCCUGUGGAUUCAUAAUGGAUACAAAUUCAGACCCAAAGAACUGUCCCUUUCAGCUUUGCUCUCCAAUACGCCCCCCAAAAUAUUACACAUAUAAGUUUGCAGAAGGCAAACUGUUUGAGGAAACUGGGCAUGAAGACCCAAUCACAAAGACUAGUCGUGUUUUACGUCUAGAAGCCAAAAGCAAGGAUGGAAAAUUAGUGCCAAUGACUGUUUUCCACAAAACGGAUUCUGAGGACUUGCAGAAAAAACCUCUCCUGGUACAUGUAUAUGGAGCUUAUGGCAUGGAUUUGAAAAUGAAUUUCAGGCCUGAAAGGCGGGUGUUGGUGGACGAUGGAUGGAUAUUAGCAUACUGCCAUGUUCGGGGUGGUGGUGAGUUAGGCCUCCAGUGGCACGCUGAUGGCCGUCUAACUAAAAAGCUCAAUGGCCUUGCUGACUUAGAGGCUUGCAUUAAGACGCUUCAUGGCCAAGGCUUUUCUCAGCCAAGUCUAACAACCCUGACUGCUUUCAGUGCUGGAGGGGUGCUUGUGGGAGCCUUGUGUAAUUCUAAUCCAGAACUCCUGAGAGCUGUGACUUUGGAGGCACCUUUCUUGGAUGUUCUCAACACCAUGAUGGAUACUACACUUCCUCUGACAUUAGAAGAAUUAGAAGAAUGGGGGAAUCCUUCAUCUGAUGAAAAACACAAGAACUACAUAAAACGUUACUGCCCCUAUCAAAAUAUUAAGCCUCAGCAUUACCCUUCGAUUCACAUCACAGCUUAUGAAAAUGAUGAACGUGUACCUCUGAAAGGAAUUGUAAGCUAUACUGAGAAACUCAAGGAAGCCAUUACAGAGCAUGCUAAGGACAGCGGUGAAGGCUACCAGGCCCCCAAUAUUAUCUUAGACAUCCAGCCUGGAGGCAACCAUGUGAUUGAGGAUUCUCACAAAAAGAUUACAGCCCAGAUUAAAUUCCUGUAUGAGGAACUUGGACUUGACAGCACCAGUGCUUUCGAGAAUCUUAAGAAAUAUCUAAAAUUCUGAAAUGAUAUAUUCAGUGGGAAUUGGAAACAUUGAAAUAUUUCCUAGUUUUAUUUGCAAUUGGGUUAGCAAAAGAGAUUUUUUUUUUUAAGUUAGUAAUUUAUAAAAAUUUGCUUCUCUAUCCAAAUUUUGUUUAGUGUACAUCUCACUCACUCUGUUCUCUCCUUGAUGUAUGUGCCCCACAACGUAGGAAAGUCGUUUUCUAAUCAUGCUUAGGACGGGAGCAGAGGGUGAGAGAAGGGUUGGUGACAGCAGAACUCUCCCUUCUCCCCAUCAGAACAGCCUCGUUUUUGUAAUUUACAGAAUAAGAACAUUCUUCACAUUAAAAUGCAUUAGAUCUUUCUAAUAACCUGGAGUCCUAAGGUUAUCUCUACUGAUGCUAUGUCAGUGAAGUUACAAGGUCCUGCAUGUGAUGAUUUUCUUUUAAACACUUUAUUCUUUCAAAACAUUUGAGAACCUUUCUUAAAGCAGUUACAUUCAAGCUACAGAAAUACCUGAAAAUUAAUGACUGUUCAUAAAGUUUACCCAGCAGCACACUCUACACGAAGUUGCUGUAAGUAGAACAGAAAGCCAGUGUCCCCAUCUCUCGCAGAGGUGUCUAGCACAGGCUGUACAGUAUGUUUAACACGCUGGAGUAGCACGCCCGGUUGGAAACGAAGCAUGUGUCUCUGAAGUCUGUUUGGUGGUGAAGGAAAGUCUUCGUGUUGUAUUCAAGGAUGAGGCCUUCUCCCUUGCCCAGUGAAAUGGCUUGUGUAUCAACGUCCCUUCCUUUGUUGGUGGAAUUGGUACUUAAUCUUAUCCUCACUUUUGUGGGAAUAUUUGAAAUCGUUUCCUUUAGAUUUAGCAGUGAUGAUUCUCCAAAAUUCAGAACCAUGAGGAAGAUUCUGUCUAUGCCAUCCAUUUCUCUUGUGUACACAACAAACUGGCUGUCAGUCCUCAAGUAGCAAAACCAGCCCCUGCUAAGGAGCAGCUCAUUAGCAUGAAGCAAACUUAAUUCUUGAUAUAACGUUAAUGUUGAUCUGGGCUGAGUCUUUUGGACCUAUUUUUUAAAAAAGUAUUAAGAUAAAUAUGUGAGUCUGAUUUUUUAAAAAUAUUUUUAGUAUCAAAUAAGAAAUUUUCCCAAAAAUCUUGCUUCAGUUUGCCCCUUAACAUAAUUACCAAUUGUAAGUUUAACUCCUGAUAGAAAUUGCAGAUGCAGGGUUUCCCCUUGGCCAGAGCUGAUGUAGAGACCAAAUUGGAUUCCACUUUAGGAAUCCUGAAACAAUGUCCAUGUCUGAGUUAAAGGACAGUGAACUUCCCUAAGUCAAGUCCAUUUAUGCUCUAUUGUAAUUGGCAAGAAAGCUGCCCUGCUGGCACUGACAGAACUGCUGGUGAACUGGGCGUCUCUGUCCCCUUUGUAGAAUAACGGGGACAUGCCACACUUCAGCAGACAGGUGUUUCUUGCGUAGCUAAUGAGCGGAAAGUUGCAAAAAGCAAUGCAGAGCAAAACACUGACUGAAGUAAAGUUUGUACUUUUUUUAAAACCAUAAAAGUAACAUACAUAAUUUAAUGUAUUUCUCUUUUUUCCCUUUAACAUUUCAAGCAUCUUCUAUUAUUUUAUAACUCCAUAAAUGUCCUUUUUUAAUGGCAGAAUAGUAUUCUAUUGAAUGGUUCCAUCCUAUUGACAGGUUACCAUUCCCUGUCAUUCAGCACUCAAGUUUCCAGUAUUUUCUUACAGUCUUAGUGCCCCCCAAAUUUGGAUUAUUUAUUUAGGAUAUAAAUAUCACAAAGACAGUUACUAUGUCAAAGCUUGUGGACACUUGAUGCAUAAUGCCAAAUUAUUGUCUGUCAGAGCCGUUGACAAAGCAGUGACGUUCACUUCAUUGCACGCCUGCCAGCCGUGCUGACUGCAGUGGUUUUGCUGGUGGCUGUUUGGGGCAGGUGCCUACUGUGUAGUCUAAUGAAUGUCUAAUGGAUGUUUAAAAUAUGUUUUUUCUCUGUUUACCAAGUACAAAGGUAUUUAUGGUACAUGUAUAUGUAUUUGACCUGUCGAAUUACUGUUAAAAUUUCCUGUAGCCUUAGUUAAUGCAUGAAAAAGCAGAGUUCAGUGCCACUCACAUAAGAAGUGCCCAGUAAGUGUUAACUAUUAUUUUUGCCUACUUGACUUACCACUUCCUAGAAGUAUGUUGAAGUGUCUCUCUGUAAUUGUGGAUUUGCCAGUUUCUCUCUGCAUUUCUCAGAGUACUUGUUUUAUAUAUUUUGAAGUUAUUGUUAGAUGCAUAGAUUCAUGAUUUGUAGUGGAAUGUUCUUUUAUCCAUUUUUUAAAAUUUGCCUUUGUCUCAGUGCUUUUCAUACUGAAUUCUAUUUUGUCUGCCAUUAAAUAUUUCCAGACCUGC